GUCCUCCAUUUUAGCUCCAACCAGGCGCCGUCUGUCCUCGCAGGAGACAAUAGGAGUCAAAAGGAGACUGCAGGAGACGUUUAUCCUGAGGAGGACACGGACGACGGAAACACAUUGCAGUCAGCUUGUUGACUGUUUGUCCACAGAGAGGAAGAUGAUGCUGCCGUCCACGGCUCUGACUCUGGCUGUCUGUGCCCUGCUGGUCUGCUCUGAGCUCGCUCAGUGUACAGUGUUCCUGGAUCAGACUUUGGCGGGUCAGAUGCUCCGCUCGCCCUCCUCCUUCAGGAGGCGUCGAGCCAACUCCUUCCUCUUGGAGGAGAUGUUACCAGGAAACCUGGAGAGGGAGUGCUACGAGGAGAGCUGCUCUCAGGAGGAGGCUGCGGAGAUCUUCCAGACCAAAGAGAAGACGCUGGAGUUUUGGUACAGAUACACAAAUUUGAACCCCUGUCGGACCAACCCCUGUCUGAACGGAGGGAUCUGCACUGUGGACCGGCAAGACUUCAUGUGUCUCUGUCCUCCUCUGUACCACGGCAAGACCUGCGAAUCAGUGGUAUUGGAGUGUCGCUAUAGAAACGGAGGCUGCCUGCAGUACUGUAGAGACCUCACAGGUGGAGCUGGAGUUCAGUGUAGCUGCGCUGAUGGAUUCAAACUGGAGCCUGACGGACAGAGCUGCUCCGAGACUGUGUCCUUCCCGUGUGGUCGUCAGCAGUUGGAGGCGUUGCACCGAGUUCGCUCUCUGUGGGAUCGCUCUGAGCAGGACAAUGUCACCGUGGAGACGGACAGCAACGUCACAGACAGCUGGGCCUGGGACACUAAUCUGAAUUUAACAGAGACAGAGGAGGAAAGGACUACAGGGAAUGUGACAUCCGUUCAAAGAAGAAGAAAUGACACUGCACUGAGGGAGGAGGAGAGGGAGGGAAGUGAAGAUGGAGAAGAGGAUGGGGAAGGAACAGAAGAAGGUGAGGAGAUGACACCUCGUAUUGUGGGUGGAGUCCUAGAGCAUCAAGGAGGGAGUCCCUGGCAGGUUCUGAUCCGCAAGUCUGAUGGUUAUGGUUUCUGCGGAGGGACUCUGGUUUCUGACCGUUGGGUCGUCUCUGCUGCUCACUGCUUUGAAUUGACUGCAGACCACGUUACUAUAGGAGACUAUGAUAAGCGGCGGCCUGAUCCAGGUGAACAGGUGAUAAAGGUUCAGAAGGUCUUCGUACAUCCUCACUUCCACUCCUUCACCUUUGACAGCGACAUCGCUCUGGUCUACCUCGCCCAGCCUGUCCUCAGGGGCCCCACCGCCGUUCCCGCCUGUCUGCCCGACGCCCACCUGUCCAAAUACCUGCUGAGGGAGGAAAACCGGGGGAUGGUGACGGGCUGGGGGCUCACUCGGUACUUGGGCAAGUCUUCCCGGUUCUUGAGGAAGGUGGCGCUCCCGGUGGUCAGCUACGAAGCCUGCACUGCGUCCACUGAACAGGUGAUCACAGACAACAUGUUCUGUGCAGGUUACCUGGAGGCCAGUGUGGACGCCUGCAGUGGAGACAGUGGAGGACCCUUCAUGGUGAACUACAGAGGGACCUGGUUUCUGACUGGAGUCGUCAGCUGGGGGGAGAAAUGUGCCGCUAAGGGGAAAUACGGAGUGUAUACCCGACUGGGGAACUUCCUGACCUGGAUGCGAGACACUAUGGAGAGACAGGAUCUGAAUGGAACCGAGAGCUGAGAGAUGAAGACUGAUGAAGACAGUGGCUGUGUUUGGAACCACCUGCGCUGACGUACACAGCCAGUAUCCCAGGGUGCACCUCUCUCCAGCCGGCAAUGACAGCAACGACUGGCAGGGAUUUUAAAAAAGGCUAAGAGCUGACGGGACUGUCGAUAUGUUGCUUUAAUAAGUUUGAAUAUUUUUGAUGUAGAUUUACAGUCUGUGGUCGAUUUAUUUUUACUGCUGCCUGUUUGUUACUCUGCUGUCUGAGGAGACGCAGUGCAGGUGGUUCAGGACACAGUCCCCGGCUUUACGGACAGGAGGACUCAUCAUCAUCGUCAUCAUCAUCACCAUCAUCUUCAUCACCUCAGAGAAGAAGCGAACCCCCUCGUCUGUGUAAAGUCUGACAUCUGCUGGUGACAAACAGGUACUGAGCUGACCCUCCGCAACUGGCCGGCCUUCAGUCCCAAGUGAUGUCAGCACCUGGUCCGAGUGACGUCACCUGGCACCGAAGGCCGGCCAGGUGACGUCUGAGUGCACAGGCACCAUAAACAGAGUCACAGGUUUUUGGAGUUUACGGCCGAUCAUCUGCAAAGCUUCGCUCAUUUCCGGGUUCAAACAUUUAGGUGGCGGACAGUGGACGUGUCAGUGGUCCUGAUUUCCUCACCAGCAGAUUCAGGUCUUAGGUUUGUUGUCUGGUCUCAAAUAACAAUGCGAUGAAACUGACUACACCAGUAAUAAUGUCAAACUGUCCCGAACGAUCGGAAUAUUCGAUUCCCUCACAAAUAAACCUCUACAACACUUUGAA